AUGGGAGCUCAAUAUUCCACCGAAUUAAAUAAAUAUAAUAAUAAUAAUAAUAAUAAUAAUAAUAAUAAUAAUAAUAAUAAUAAUAAUAAUAAUAAUCACACUAUUUCUGGUAAUGAAAAUUUAAAUAAUAACAAUAACAAUAACAAUAACAAUAACAAUUACAAUAACAAUAACAAUAACAAUAACAAUAACAAUAACAAUAACAAUAACAAUAACAAUAACAAUAACAAUAACAAUAACAAUAACAAUAACAAUAAUAAAAACAAUGGCAAUAGCAAUAGCAAUAGCAAUAAUAAUAAUAAUAAUAAUGGAAUAAAUAAAUAUUCCAAUUAUUUUGAAAGUCUUAUAAAUAAUACAAAUAAAGACACCAACAUACCCAAUAAUAGUAAUAGUAAUAAUAAUAAUAGUGAUAGAGAUUUUAUUCAAAAUAUGAUCAAAUCAGCAAAUCAAAUUAAACCAGGUGAAAAAGAGUUAGUAUUAUUCCACAAACUUCAUCAAUCAUUGAAAGAGAAUCAAUCAUUUUCAAUUGAGGAAUUAAGAAAUUCUUCAAUUCUAUCCAUAUCACCAGAUAAAUCAUUUCUUACCAAUAUCAAUGAAAUUAAUGUAAAUAAUAAUAAUAACAACAAUAAUAAUAAUAAUGAAAAUAACAAAGUUGGUGUAAAUGGUUCAUCAACCACCACAACUACAACUACAACUACAACCACAAAUAAUAAUAGUAAUAAUAAUAAUAAUAAUAAUAAUAAUAAUAAUAACAACAACAACAACAACAACAAUAAUAAUGAAGAUGAUGAAGAUGAUUAUGGUGAUGAUGACACCAUUGAAAAUAAUGAACCAACAUUUGUUGAUAAACCAAACAAAUCGGCUAAAUUACAAAAACCAAAACUCAAAUCCAAUCUUAAUGAUACUAAUGGCGGUAAUUCACCACAACAAAAUGGUAAAAUUAGUAAAUAUAUGGCAAAGAAAUUAUUGGCAUUACAACAAAAACAACUAGAACAAGAACAAGAACAAAAACAACAACAAAAACAACAACAACAACAACAACAACAACAACAACAACAACAACAACAACAACAACAACAACAACAAAAGGAUGCUAUAGAAAAUAUAAAUAAUAAUAAUAAUAAUAAAUUACAACCAAUUGUAAAAAACUCUGUAAAUAAAACCACUAAACAAAAAAAAAAUAAAACUACAACACAUAAUGUAAAACAACAAAUAACUUUUUUAACAAAAAGUGAUAAUGAAGAUGAAUAUGAUGCAAGUGAUGAAUAUAUUGAUGAUGAUGAUGAUGAUGAUGAAAAAUAUGAUGACGAUGAUGAUGAAUAUUUUGAGGGUAAUAAUAACAAUAAUUAUAAAAAAAACAACAUUAGUAAUAAAAGUAAAAAUAAAAAUAAUAAUGAUGAAAGUGAUUCAUUCUCAGAGUCAGAGAUAUUUAAACAAAAAAAAUUGAAUCAUGAUAAAAACCAAUCAAAUCCAAAGCAACAAUUAACGUCUCAUUCUGAAUUUGAUAAUUCUCUUCUCAAUAAAAACCAAUCUCGUACCAAUUCAAAAAUUCAAAAACUACAAAUUAAAGAAGAAAAUUAUCACCAAAUCCAACAAGAACAUGGUGAAAAACAACAACAACAACAACAACAACAACAACAACCACAACAACAACAACAACAACAACAACAACAACAACAACAACAACAACAAGAAAUGCAAGUCGACAAAGAGCAAACUGAAAAAAUAAUUAAUACCAAUAAGAAAGAGGAACAAAAACCAAAUGAUUAUUUCCCACCUAUUCCAACUAAUCCAUUUAAACGUGAUAAUGAAACUGCAUUUGGUAAAAAUAAUGAAAAUAAUAAUAAUAAUAAUAAUAAUAAUAAUAAUAAUAAUAAUAAUAAUAAUAAUAAUAAUAAUAAUAAUAAUAAUAAUUAUAGAAAUAACAAACCAAAUGGAGAAGGAUUUCUAUCAAAUUUAAAGAUCAUUCCACCAAUGAUUUCAUCAUCACCUUAUUAUUCAAAGAAAUCUUCCAAUGUUGUACCAACUUCACCUAAAAGUAAUUUAUCAGAUCAACAACCACCAUUUUCACCAGUUCAAAUAUCUCCUCAAAAACAAUCACCUGCAACAACCACAACAACAACAACAACUACUACACCAACACCUUUAAAGAAACAAAAGAAAAAUAAAACUAAUAACAAUAUAAAUAAUAACAAUAUAAAUAAUAACAAUAACAAUAACAAUAACAAUAACAAUAACAAUAACAAUAACAAUAACAAUAACAAUAACAAUAACAAUUAUAGUAUUAAUAAUAUCAAUAAUGAAGAAGAUGAAGAAAAUAACUCAACUCAGAAUAAUAAUAAUAAUAAUAAUAAUAAUAAUAACUCGCCUCAAAAUAGUAAUACUAAUAGUAAUAAUAGUAAUAAUAGUAAUAAUAGUAAUAAUAUUUCUAAUAUUGUAUCUGAUGGUUAUCAAUGGAGAAAAUAUGGUCAAAAGAAUGUAAAGGGAAGUUUACAUCCAAGACACUAUUAUAAAUGUACAUUUCAAGGUUGUAAUGUCAGAAAACAGGUUGAGAGAAUUGGUGAUACCAAUCAAAAUAGUACAGUUUAUAAAGGAGAACAUUGUCAUGGUUUCCCUCAAACAACAAGGGUUGUCUCUGAUCAACAAGCAUUUAGAAAUUCUGUAAUGUUUGAAGGUUUGGAUGGUAAUAAUAAUAAUAAUAAUAAUAAUAAUAAUAAUAAUAAUAAUUAUAGUAGUAAUAGUAAUAGUAAUGGUAAUGGUAAUGGUAAUGGUAAUGGUAAUGGUAAUGGUAAUGGUAAUGGUAAUGGUAAUAGUAAUGGUAACCAAGAUCAAAAUGGUAAUAGUUUCAAUGAUCAAAAUGGAGACUCACCAACUCAACAUGGUCAAAUUUCACCAAUGAAUUCACCAAAAAAUACAAUACCUACAACUACAACAACUACAACAUCUAUUUCCACAUAUGUAAAUACAAACUCGACUAAUAAAAAGAAUAAUUCUAAACAAGAAAAAAAAAUAUCUGUUAAAAAUGAAACUACUGAUGAUGAUGAAUUCCAAGAAGAUAUUGACCAAUUAAGUAAUAAUAAUAAUAAUAAUAAUAAUAAUAAUAAUAAUAAUAAUAAUAAUAAUAAUAAUAAUAAUAAUAAUAAUAAUAAUAAUAAUAAUAAUAAUAAUAAUAAUAAUAAUAAUAAUAAUAAUAAUAAUAAUAAUGAUGAUAAUAAUAAUAAUAAUAAUAAUAACAAUAACAAUAAUAACAAUAAUAGAUUUAAUGGAACAUCAGAAUCAAAAGGUUCAAAGAAGUUAGUUAUUGAAACUGGAUCAAGUAUUGACCAUUUAGACGAUGGUUUCUUUUGGAGAAAGUAUGGCCAAAAAUCUGUAAAGGGUAGUCCAUUCCCAAAGAGUUAUUUCAAAUGCGCUGAAUUAACAUGUCCAGUUAAAAAACAAGUUAUCCAACAAGAUUCAAAAUAUAUCAAUACUUAUCGUGGUAAACAUAAUCAUGAUCCCCCUGAAUCCGAAGCAAUUGAAAAAAGAAAAAAACAUUUUAAUGGCUUAUAUAAUAAUAAUAAUAAUAAUAAUAAUAAUAAUAAUAAUAAUAAUAAUAAUAAUAAUAAUAAUAAUAAUAUUAAUAAUAUUAAUAAUAAUAACAUAAAUAAUUUAAAUAGUUUAAAUAAUAUAAAUAAUAUAAAUAAUAAUAAUAAUUCAAACCAAAUUAAUAAUUUUUCAGGUUCUAUUCAAAAUAAUUUAAAAAAUAUUUUGAAAGAACAGUUAAAAGAAGCUGGUAAAUUACAUAAUGAAAUCGAAAAUAAUUUAAUUGAUGAUUAA